AACAUGGUAGAAAACGCAUCCACAGUCUCUUCCAUCCAUGCUCCGGGUUGUAAUGGCAGUGCAUAAAGAAAACGAGCCUCUCUUCCUCGCUGUGAAAAACGGAGGCAUCCCCGAGGUGAGAGCCAAAGUGAGGCAGGGGAAGGGUAGGCCUUGUCUUGGGAGAUUUUCUGCUCCUCCAGCAGCACAGAGAGCGUGAUGUCAGCGGUGGCAGUACUGUUGUAAUUGACUUGGUGGGGGUGAUGGCGUCAUUUUAUGCCCUGGUGUAGCCUCCUGCUCCAAUAGCGAAGGGGAGACGGAUCUUUAGCCGACGCGACCGUGGCUCCCUUGGCCGGGAUCGAGCACCGCCGAGCCGGACACUUGACGCCGGGAAACAUGGAGGCUGUGGCCGAGGAGCUGCGGGCCGGCUCUCGGGUACCUGUCACUAUCGAUCAAAUAGUUAACGAUACACUGGUGGUGACGCUGACCUAUCGAGAAAUGAGCUACACGGGGAUAUUACUCGACUGCAACAAGAAGUCCGGGCUAUUCUGCCUACCAGAUUUCACAGCAAAACCAGAGGAGUGCCCGAUACCUAAACCAGCUUGUGAAAUCACAGAAGUUCUGAGUGAGGAACCGGUUUCCAAAUCUCCCAGCCAGGCUUCACACAGACCAAAGGACGAAAACACUCUCCCUGAAAGCAGCAUACCUACUGCACCUCUUCCCUGCCCUGUACCCACACCAGUGCCAGCUGGACAGACUCCUUACCCUCCUUAUUUUGAAGGAGCCCCCUUCCCUCAGCCCUUAUGGGUGCGCCACAGCUACAGCCAAUGGGUACCUCAGCCCCCUCCGCGACCAAUCAAGAGAAAGAAGAGGCGAACGCGAGAGCCCGGGCGCAUGACUAUGAGUACUAUCCGUCUGCGGCCGCGGCAGGUACUAUGUGAAAAGUGCAAGAACACACUGAAUAGCGACGAGGACAGCAAAGACGGCAUGAGCAACUCUAAGACUUCUAGAAAAGAGAAUGCACUACAGAGCGACGAUGAGGGCGAUGACAAGGAUACCCCCUCUAAGCUGUCGAGAAAAGAGGAUGUAGUUGCAACCAAGGACACUAAGAGACGUGAAAACGGCACCAGCCUUGACAGCAAGCGCCUCAGGAAGGACAAAAGGGGAGAGGCUGAGGGGGAGAAGUUCCCUGGAGGUGACGUUAUCCCUCACAGUCCUGUCAUAAAGAUCUCAUACAGUACUCCACAGGGCAAGGGGGAGGUCAUAAAGAUCCCCUCGAGAGUCCACGGCUCGGUCAAGCCAUUCUGCCCCAAACAACUGGUGCAGAAUGGUGUCGGAGAAAAUGGCAAGACGCCUUCAGAUCCCUCCAAGGAGCAGCGUCACAUUCUAGAUGCCACGAGGUCUGGCCUCACCGUGUCCAUUCCCAAACUCAAACUAACCAGGCCUUUUACAACCGUGGGUCAGGACUUGCCUUCUCCAAAGAUGCACUUGAGACCCCCUCAGAGGGAGGGUGAGGAGAGCGUGGUCGAGUAUGAGGCAGAACUUGUAGGAGGCACCAGGAGACGAAGCCCCAGGGUGCCCGGCCCCUGCCUCCCCCACUCUGAAGACUCGGGGGAAGGCAAGAACUCUCUGGAGUUGUGGUCGGGGAGUUCAGGCGAGGAGGCGGAGCGCGGCCACAGCGACCUCACCCUUCUCAUCAAUUUCCGUAAACGUAAAGCAGAUUCUUCUAGCCUGUCGGUCUGCAGCAGCGACAGUCUAGACGAGUCCAAGUCCUUCAGCUCUGACGGCACCUCACCUGAACUGUGCGAUCUGGCUCCAGGCGAAGACCUGUCCGUAACCUCAUCCUCUGUACCCUCACGGGAAGACUGCAAGACAGUGCCGCCGCUUACGGUGCGACUUCACACCCGCAGCAUGACAAAGUGCGUAACGGAAGAGGGUCACGCCGUGGCGGUGGGCGACAUCGUGUGGGGGAAGAUUCACGGCUUCCCCUGGUGGCCGGCGCGCGUCCUCAGCAUCAGCGGCACCCGCAAGCAGGAGACGGCCAGUUGCGAGGCCCAGUGGCCCCAGGCGAAGGUGGCGUGGUUCGGUUCGCCCACCACCUCCCAGCUCUCCGUUGCCAAACUGUCGCCCUUCAGAGAGCUCUUCAGGUCCCGCUUCAACCGCAAGAAGAAAGGGAUGUACCGGAGAGCCAUCCUGGAGGCAGCCAAGGCCGUGGGUCACAUGAGCCCAGAGAUUACAUCGCUGCUUUCCCACUGCGACACGUAGAAGCCUGAGGACUGACUAGAGGACUGGUUUUUCUGAAUUCUCAGACUCUGUCAUCAAGACCCGGGAGGGGAGUACGUGAGGUUGCCACGGCUACUAUUUAUAUGCCGUUUUUUUUUUUUUCUUUUCUUUUUUUCUUCUUCACAAGGCUGGUUAAAAAAUGGCCGCCAAGGUGGAGUGUGGUUGAGACUGGAUAAGGGAGCAAAAGAAGAAAAAAAAGACCAGGCAUCUCAUGGUCUACUAUGAACUAAACAAUUCCUCCUUUUUUUUUUUUUUUUUUGUUUUAUUUUAUUUUCUAGAUUUAAUCAUAUUUCAAUAGAGCCGAAUAACGACACUACAAGGACCCAAAUGUAUUUAUUAUCUGUAAUGGUUUAUCAUGAUCCACCCUUCUACUACAGUCUCGCAAAAAACAAACAAACAAACAAACAAACAACCUCCCAGUCUGCUGCUGUCAUUAUCACGGCCCCCCCGCCGCUGAUGUGUUCGCUGCGAGGUCUAAACUCCGGCCAGAGGAAAGCCGGUGGCAUCUUCAAAGGAAUAAUAAUCUCUCCCCCCCUUGGAUACGAGACGUUUGACCACGGUUUGAAAAAAGUCUUACCCAGAAUCCUCUUCUGAAAAUGUGAACGGCUCCAUCCAGAGACAGUAGUGACUGUUCCAGCUCUUCUAGAGUCAGUGUUUCCCUCCUCGUAGCCUUCUGCGACAUUAGUUGGAUCUGUGGAUGUAUUUAUACCGAACUCUAUUCCUCUCCAGAAUCAUGUUUGUGUGUCUCUUCCAUUUCAUUUUUAACUUUAGGAGUGUCAGCGAACACCCCAAACCCCCCCACCACCACCACCCCCCCCAACUCUUUCCUGAUUUCUUUUUUUUUUUACAUCACUUUCAUUAUUUAAAGCGUCACAUUUAAGAAAAAAAAAGCACUUUAUCUGUACCUUGGUGGCCUGCUGUAAGCUCACUGUCUGAAACACUACUGCGAGAUACAGCCCUGAUAGGCAGCAGGGGAGUUCAGAAGUCUUUGUGGUUGACUAUCCUUGGCCUUGGAGAUACACACACAAAAAAAAUCUUUUUUUAUUUUAUUUUAUUGUACGACUUUUGGGGACACCAGACACGGAUGGUUGUGUACACUGUAUUCUCGCAUUUGACUUGUUUCUCUCUCAGCUUGUCUGACUCUCUCUCACACACACACACACACACACACACACACACACACACACACACACUAUACUACUACAAAAAUCCACGUUAAACAUUUCCACUGGAGAAACAUGGGUGAACAAACGUGUCAAAGCCCCCUAUGCAUUAUCAGUUAAAGCUUUAUGAGUGACUUUGGGAGAAAAAAAAACUAAACCAACAUGCUGUAAGAAUACUGUGAAUUCAACUGCUGAGUGUGCUGAAGAAAAGCUCGCUACUAGUCGGAGCCUGCAGUUAUUGAGUCAACCGGCAAAAGCAGACUGCAACGCUGACCUUUAGUGACCUUUGUGUUGAAAGCGGCACUGUUGGAAUCGGGGGAGGGAGGGUUGGGGAGGGGGGGGUUGCAGUGAAGGCGAGAGACCACGGCUGUCGAGCACAGCCCCCGGUCUGUAUUAAAAAACUUAACCGAAAAAGAUUGCACACACACAGUUGCGCUCAGCCAACCAGCCUGUCUCCUUUCCGCCUCUCUGGGAACACUUUGUUCAGCUCGAGGCUGAAAACUAGCUGGCUGUCAGUGGGAGAAGUGUGUUUAUUAGGGGGAGCAGGUAACGCACUCCUCCCAGUUUGAUAAUCCGCGGUUUGACUGUUUGCUGUCAAGCCCGGCUAGUUUCCAGGCAGCCUUGCACAACGAGGAGUGGGGAGAGUCUAAAUGUAUGUAUGCCUGAGAGGGGAAACGGUCGUCAGGAUUUUUUCCCGUGUAUGAGCAACAUGGCUAUCUACUGUUGCGCACGUUGGUCAAUGUUAUUGGCUACUUUUUUUUGUUUUCUUUUUUACAUGUACUGUACAUAAAAUAAAAUAUAAAGCAAUA